GGAAUCCUGACAUCCCUGAACUUAUUAAGAUAUCAGCAGGACAAUUAUAUCUUGUUAGACCAAAUAGUUUGAAGGGAACGAGAGAAUGCAUUUUCCAUGAUGCACAAGCUGUAGUACGUCGUACAGCUGUCGAAUGGCAAUAUCAAUUGGUUGUUACAAGAGUUUAUCAAGAAGGUGAAGAUGAAUUAAUCAAUGAUUCCUUGGACAUUGAAGAUGAUGAAAAGCCAUUUUUAAUCGAUGGAACAUUAAAUUUUCGUAAAGGACAUAUAGAUGGUUUAUCCACAUUUUCUUGGAGAGAUUUAUCAGGGGAUCCCGAUGAUGUGUUUGAAUUUGUGUGUGAUGUUAGCACAACUGCACAUACAGUCAACGCUUUUGAAAUAACCAUUUAUCAGUGCAUGUAUGAGAGAAAAUACAAGAAAUCUAAUGAGAAUGCAACUGAAGAAGAACUUCAAACGUCAUUGUCAUCAGCAAAACAAUCUCUUAUAUUUGAUUUUCCAGGAGCACCACCAGAAGUAGAAAUUUAUAGUACUGCUAAUGGCGAAUUACAUUAUUAUGAUCCUGGAGCUGGUGUUUUCAUAUUGGGUAAACCUGGAAUUACAGCUACAAUACUUAGAGGAGAAAGAUUUGAAUAUUUUUUGAUAAUAGUUGAUGAUGUUCAAAGGUUAAUUGUGCAAAAACUUGAACCAAGAAUGAAUAUAGUUUUUAAUCAAGAAGGACAUGUUUAUUCAUUAUUGAUGAAAUUUAAUGAACAAGAAAGUGAAGCCCGUUUCAAGAAAAAGCUUUCUGCUGCCAUGUAUGAAACAUUAAAUGAAACAAGAGUCAAGGAAGAUGAUCAAGAUUAUAUAAUGAGUGCUUAUCAAGAAGACACUGAAAUGGUUGAUUCUGAAUCAAUAAAUGAAGAAUCGGGCAAUGGCAAGCAUUGCAAUGGCGAAUCACCAAAUACUCAACUUGCUGUUGGAUAUAAACAUGAUAGAUCAUUUGUUUUAAAAGGCAACAAUAUUGGAGUGUAUAAACACACUGAUGAUGAUAAUUUGGAAUUUUCAACCAAUAUUGCAAAAAUUAAAAAACCAAAAGAUUCUUCAAUGAUCCUCAUGGAUCCAAAUGAUGAACAUAAUCUUUACAAAAUGGAUCUCGAGUAUGGAAAGGUGGUCGAGGAAUGGAAAGUGCAUGAAGAUGUCCCUUGUGAAAACAUUUUUCCAGACAAAAAAUAUGCUCAAAUGACUGGCGAGAAAACUUUUAUUGGCAUGUCACACAACUCUUUGUUUCGUGUUGAUCCACGUUUACCUAAUGAAAAAUUAGUUGAUUCACAACUGAAGUUAUACACUACAAAAAAUGCUUUCAGUUGUGGUACUACUGAUUCUAAAGGGCAUAUUGCUGUUGGGAGUAGUAAGGGUGAUGUGAAAUUGUUUGAUACAUUGGGUAAAAAUGCAAAAACCAAUUUACCAGCUUUGGGUAGUGCUAUUAAAGGAAUUGAUGUUAGUUCUGAUGGUAAAUGGAUUAUUGCUACCACUAGCAGAUAUCUUUUGUUAAUAGACACUGAAUUGCCAUCAGAUCCUAAUCAUAGAUUAGGAUUUGAAAAAAGUUUCCCAAAAGAUAAAAAGCCAACACCAAGAAUAUUACAAUUACGUCCUGAACAUGUUUCUCUCAUGGAACAUGAAGUGGAUUUCACUCCUGCUAGAUUUAACACAGGUGAAUCUGAUUUAGAAAAAGCUAUUGUUACGAGUACUGGACCAUUUGUUAUUACAUGGAAUUUCCGUCGAGUUAAACAAGGGAAAUUGGAUGAUUAUCAAAUUAAACGUUACACUGAUAAUGUAGUUGCUGAUAAUUUUAGAUAUGGACAGGAUCCAACUCCAACUAAAGCUACACUUUCACCUGCAAAAUCGGAUGAAGGUAACUUACUAGAUUCAUUUGAUUUUAUACCUAUAUAUUUCAAUAACUCAAAUUAUAUGUUAUUACUGGCAGUUCAAAUAGUUAAACGUAGGAAAUGUGAAGUGAAUGGUACUAUUUAUCCAGAUCAAUACAAUAAAUACUUUGUUAUAGAACCAAAAAUUGAUGAAUUUCUUGACAAAAUUAAAGAUGGUGUAUAUAUACUGCUAUAUGGGCCAUGUGCAUCAGGGAAGUCAACACAUAUCAUAUAUGCAAUGCAAAAAUUGCAAAAAGAGGGGUAUCAUUGUAUCUAUUUGGAUUUUACAGAAGUAAAUGUUAAAAAUGAUGAAAAAGCAAUGUGGAGGUCAUUUCGAUGGACAUUAGAAUCCCAGUGUCCUAAAGGAAUUGUUAAUAAUGAGUUUUAUGAGAUGAUUCACUUUAUCAAUACAUUUUCUAAAGAGAAAUGGGAUCACAAAAUAUCUUCUAAUCCUCUACUGGUCCUGGUCCUUGGAGUUGAUGAGAUUAAUAAAUUGUAUGAUCUUAACAAAAACACCUUUAAGAAUCUUAUAAACACCAUUGGAGGAAUUAUGUGUAAUUCACCUGAAAACAUUUUUAUCAUUCCCAUUCUGGCUGGAACUAUUGAAGGACCUUUGAAUCAAUAUAUCUUUGGUUCUAUGCAUGAACCACUUCCCCUCCCACUACCUUUACUUAAUGAUGAUGAUGCAAUUGAAAUUGGCAAAGCCAUGAAUCUAUUUGAUAAUGAAUAUGUCUGCCUGAAUCCAUAUUUUCGAAUAAGUAUUAGUGAUAUUGGUGGACAUGUGAAAACAUUGGAAUAUUACUACAUGUAUUUUUCAGAAAAACUAGAAUCAGAAAUGAUGACAGAAGAGGAGACAGCUGUUCAUAAUGUGAAUAUUGAGAAAAUCAUGGAAGAUGUCAAAUGCAGGAUUAUAAGGAAAUAUCAUCUUCAUCUAAACUCACAUUGGUUUACAAUACCUUUUGCAAAGGCCAUAUUGGGUUUUCUGGUUCAAAAAAAUGAUGUGGCUGAUCUCAAUGAAAGAUCAAUGACAUAUCAGGAGCUUAGUUCAAUGGGAGUUGUGAACCUGGGUGCAGAUUUCUCUCUUAGUUUUCCAGAUGUUGAAAUUGACUUACCUCAAGAAGAUAUCAAAUUGUACAAAUUACCACAUCAAUACCCAGUCACUAAAACUUAUGAGAAUAAUCAAGCAAAAUAUGUAGAUAUAAUGGAAAAUGAUAAUAUCAGGAGUUAUAUUGGUUGUGUAUUUCUUAAUGUAUCUGGGGCUCCCUUUGAUGCCUUUGGGUUUCUUAAUAAAAGCUCUGAGCCUGUGGGUGUAAUUUGCAUAGCUCAACAAUCAAAAUCAACUACUAUUUCUAAUGUUAUCAUCAACCAAAGCUUGUUUAAUAAUGAGCAUGAAAAGGUUACCAAAGUUAUGAAUGUUGAGAAGAAAGAUUGGGCUUUAUUAUUCUUAACAAAUGCAGAUAAGAAAAACCUGUCUAUAGAUGAUAAACCAAAUAGUGCUUUGGUGUCUGUGGAAAAUUUUCAAAAGUUUUAUGGAUAUACUUAUACAAGUCGGGCACAAUUUGCAUCAGAUGAUUUAAAGAAAAGGCUUAAAAUUGAUGAUGAGAGAUUUAAAAAGUUGAAUACUGAUAGGAUUUCUUUUAGUUGA